CCGUUUGCAUAACCACCAGGUUCAGACAAUUACAGCCAAAUGAAUAUAAAUGGUAAUUAGGCAUUAAUCUAGAUCACUGUACUUCUGCUAACAUACUGCACAGGCAGCCGCUUUUCACUUCUCGUUCAAAAACGAAGUCUGCGGUUUAGUUUUCGAAGUGUCCAGUGGGCAGCGACCUCAAUGAAGCUACUGACAGCUCUAGUAUUCCUGCUGGCGGUGGCAGGAACCCAGUCCGGAAUUGUAGACAGUUUCAUUAGCCAAGUGAAAAGUUUAUUUACCACUCAUGAAGAGGCUCCAUAUCAUGUCACCGAGUGGUCCUCGGAAUAUGAAGAGAGGCGAUACCCACCUCAAAAAUGGGUUUGCUCACAAGAGGAAGCCAAACCUGGAGAGUACACUGUCGAAGAACUAACGACAUCCUUGUUCUGGAGGCUUUUCGCUUACAUAGGCGGCCAUAACGCUGAAGGGAAGGCGAUCGAAAUGACCGGUCCGGUAACGGUCGAGGUCACUUUGCUUGAAUCCGGUGGCAAGAGGUUUACAGAAUGUUUCUACUUGGGAAAUGCACACCAGGCCAAUCCACCUCAGCCGGCGGAAUCUCACACUUUCAUACAGGACCGCCCAGAGCUCUAUGUCCUUACGAGGACCGUCGGGGGAUACGUCGAAGCUGAAGCAGAGUGGCAAAGGGAAGCUCAGAGUUUGGCAUCUAUCCUCGAGCGUCACGGAAGAACUGUAUCCUUCGAUCGCCAGUACUGGGUUGGAUAUGAUCCUCCAGUGAAGUUCUGGAACCGCCGCAAUGAAGUUUGGUUUGUGGAGAACUAAAGAUGAGCCUUGCCUGCGGAAACUUCAGUCUAGUCCAGCAUCAGAGAAGCUGGUUCAUGAAAAAUGAACUUUAUUAUUAAAAGUUAGUGACUGUUGUGCUUUAACCUGUAAAAUAAAGCAACGUACCUGCA